AUGGAGCUGAGGUCGCGGCGCCGCAGGGUGUCAGAGUGCCCAACAGAGCGGUGUCCCCCCAGCGCUGCCAGAGGAGCAGUGUGCGGGCUGUGCCGGCAGGACAAUUGUGAUGCCGACAUAGUUGGCCAGCUGUGCCAAAAGGGUGGGCUCUGCGUCCACGAGAACUGCCUGUACCACGCCAGCGGGCUGAUGCAGAGAGGGGCCAACGAAGAGGGUUUCUACGGCUUCCUCUUCCCCGAUAUCCGCCAGGAGCUGAAGCGGGUGGCACAGAAAAGGUGCCACAUCUGCCAGCUGCCGGGCGCCUCGGUCACCUGCCGGGCCCGGCGCUGCCGGGGCCGGCGCUGCCGCCGCAUCUUCCACUUCCCCUGCGGCAGCAAGCGGGGCUGCGUCUCCCAGUUCUUCGGGGAGUUCAGGUCUUUUUGCUGGAAGCACCGGCCGGUGCAGCGGGUGCGGGCGGUGCAGCAGGACCAGACCCUCUGCCUCAUCUGCCAGGAGGGGGUGGCGGAGCGGCCCUGCUACGACACCCUGGUGUGUCCCGCCUGCGCCAGCGCCUGGUUCCACCGCGGCUGCAUCCAGGGACAGGCACUGCGCUCCGGCUUUCACUACUUUUGCUGCCCGCUGUGCCGCAACAGGGAGCAAUUCCUGGAAGAGAUGUUUCGCCUGGGCAUCCGGAUCCCUGACAGGGAUGCUGCCUGGGAGGAGGAGGAUGGGGCAUUUGCAGGCCAUUACUUGCGGCACAGCUCCUGCGAUGCCAACCAGUGCCUGUGCCCAGAGGGACGCGAGCAUGUGGAGGUGAAUGGGCCCUGGAGACUUCUACUCUGCACAUCCUGUGCCUCACAAGGGACCCACCAGCUCUGCUCUGCCCUGGGGGAAGAUGAUGCCGUCUCCUGGGACUGCAGCGACUGCAGAGGCAUGGACGCUGGAGAGGGGUGCAGCGGGGCGACAGAGUCCCCAGUGUCACCUGCCACCACAGCCACGCAGGACGUGGGGACAUGGACAGGGCUGUGAUCCGGGGAGAGAAGGAGGGAGGAAGAGUGAGGUGGGCUUGCACAAGGUGCUCAUCAUCUCCCUCCCUUGACACCGGACCAGACUCCAGCCCCUCCAGUGCAGGGAACCUUGCGCAGCACCCAGCAUCCCGACACUUCACCUGAGGCUGACUAGUCCAGGGCCCUCAAAAAAGACUUCCCAACACUCAACAGAUGCCAUCGGUGCAUACGUACGGUCAGUCAGCCCUGCCCACAGCCACCAGGGUCCCUGUCCUGCGGGCUCUCAUCGCAUCCAUCUACACCACCAGCAGCAGCUGCACCCAGCCAGGGGUGAUCCUGGUCACCAAGAAGAAGAAGGAGCUGUGCGCAGACCCCCAGGCGCCCUGGGUGAAGGCACAUCUCAAGCACUUCCAGCCUCAGAAUAACUGACCGUUCCCCGUGGCCAACCACGAUGGCCCCGCUGCUUCCCCUGGCGAGCCUGGCGCCCAGCCCCGGGCACACAAGACAGGACUUCAGCUGCAACCUUCUUCAGCAGGAAAAUGUAUUCUAUUUAACUUAUUUAAGUUAAAUUAAAUAUUUUUUACUAAGAAAAAGGAAAGUACAAAAAUAAUUUAAACUAUAUCAAAAUAAUUUAAACUAAACUAAUUUAAACUAUAUAAAUGUGUCUGUAAAUGGAGUGUCAGAAGUCUUGAUGCCUAAAUAAACUGUUUGUGCUAUCAA